AUGCCGCCAAGCUAUUAUUUAAAACCGGAGACUGCCCAUUCUAAAGCGCAAGAUUUGAUAAAUGUUGGCAAAAAGGCUAGUGCACUCGAAGUGCUAUAUGAAAUGCUGCUUUACCGCCGGGCACGCAGUUGGCAAAAAUCUCUUGAGGAACCUAUGUUCAUGUUUGUGGACUUGUGUGUUGAGCUGAAACGAAAUCAACAGUUCAAAAGGAUCGCUCACCAUUAUCGGAACAUUUCAAUACAAGAGUGCCCUCAGUCCCUCGAUGAUGUCCUUAAGUACUACUUUAAUCUCAUCAAGGAGAAAACAGCAGAAGCUCGGAAGCAGUCAGAGGACGCUGUUCCUGACGUUGAGGAUUUGGAUGUUCUGGAGACUCCAGAGAGUCUCAUGCUUAACGCGGUGAAUACCGAAGGUGCACAUGGGCGUUCAAACCACACGAUUCUAAUGCCCUGGUUGAAAUUUUUAUGGGAAGCCUACCGGAUCUGCCUUGAUCUAGUCCGAAAUAACACUAAAUUUGAGCAUGUUUAUCAUCGAAUCGCAAGAGAUGCCUUCGAAUUUUGUGUUGAAUACCGCCGGCAAACCGAGUUCAGGAAGUUGGGUGAUAUGGUUCGCCAACAUACUGCGCGAAUACAGAGCCAGCCCAGCGCACCAAAUGGAAUAAGUUUGACUAACUCGGACACCCAAAUUUGGCACUUUGAAACCCGUCUUCGUCAACUUGAUUGCGCCAUGGAGCUCGAAAUGUAUAACGAGGCUUCUAAAAUUGUUGAGGACAUUUGGAGUCUGGUAAUGCUGGCAAAGAAGAUAGACCGACCCUCUCUGAUGGCUGAUUAUUAUUCGAAGACAGCAGAGCUAUUUUUGCGCUCUGGCUACUACCUGUUCCACGCUGCGGCCCUCUACAAACGCCUCGCCCUAUACCGCGAGCAUAAAAAGGCUCCGUCAAGUGAAGAGCUCUCCCACCUCGGCUCAAAGGCCCUCUGUGCGGCCCUCUCGGUGCCACUUCCCCUUGCUCGUGCGCAAUUCUCCAUUUUUUCUGGCGAGUACAACCAAGCCAAGCAGAAAGCCCUUGCCAGUCUUUUGGGACUCGCCACGGUUCCGACAAGGGCAUCACUGAUUGCUGACUUGUCCAUGGGUCGAGUACAGACCAUUGUGCCGCCGGAACUAGUAACUCUUUACCACGCACUCGAGGUCGACUUCCAGCCGCUGAAGCUUGCUCAGCGCGUUCAACCGGCGUUGGAGCGGAUAGCUGAAAAUCCAGCUUUAUGUGCUUACCUAGAGCCGCUGCGCGAGGUUGUGGUCUCAAAGACAUUACUUCAACUGUCACAGGUAUAUCGCUCUCUGCACUUCGACGAACUCGUACGUCUGUGUCCGUUCUACGACCCACUCAACCUUGAGAGGAUUGUCAUCGAACUUAUUUACAACUUGGAGUUGCCAAUGCGUGUUGAUCACCGCCGACAGGCCAUAAUCUUCGAUGUAUACAUCGAUCUCGGCAUCAGCCAGAGGGACUACGCACAGGCUGGCUGUCUACCUUUGCAAGUGGCCCAGACUGGCGGUGAUCAGCUGUCACGUCAGCUGACUUUAUUUGCGCAGUCGCUGCACCAGGUUGCAGAGCUGCUCAACGUAAACGAGUCCGGAAACCAGACUCGGGACGCAUUCGUAAAGGAGUACCAGAAAACAGCUAAGCAACAUCAUCGCGAUCUCUUAUCAAGAAGGAAACUCAUUGAAGAUCGCAAGGAGCAGCUGGAGUCGAUCCAAGAGGAACGUGCUAGGUUGAUUGAAAAAGAGGAGGAGCGUCUAGACUUGGAAAGAAAGGCUAAGCGAGAACAGGAGGAAGCCACCUUAAAGGAAGAAGCGGAGGAGCGUACAAAACGGCAUCUUGAGGAGCAGAUGCGUCGACGCAAGCUCAAGAUCGAUCGUGAGCGACUACGCACGUACAUAAACUCCACAGCUGCAAGUGCCUCAUCUGCUGCCACCGCCGCAGUGGCAGAAAUCACUGAGGAGGAUCUGGAGCAGUGCAGUCUGGAGGCCUUGGUUGCGAAACUGCAUGUAGACAUGUACAAGCGCCGAACUGAGCUCCUGGACAGAGCUAAUGCCCGUGCUCGCAAGCUUGAUCACUUGGUGCGUGCCUGUAGGCUCCAGGAGAUCCCUCUGCUGAAGGAAGCUGCUGUCGCAGAGGCCAAAGAACGGCUGGAAUUAUUCCAGAAGGCCCAACAAGAAGCUGAGGAGGCAUCCCGACGCGAACACGAAGAAAUGGUCAAAAACAAGGAGCGCCUUUGUCGGAUGCGCGGUGACGUCUUGGAGUUGAGAAAAGCGCUGAAGUCAAUGGAGGAGGCUAUUUACAAGGAAAAACACGCUGCCUGGGAGGCAGUACAAGAACGUCUGCGUGCCGAACGUUUGGCGGAAAAAAGAGCUGCCGAAGCCGAGGCUGCCCGCCUCCGAGAGGAGCAGGAAAAACGCGAAGCCGAGGCGAGAGCCAAAGCAGAGGCCGAAGCCAAGGCCAAAGAGGAGGCAGAGCGCGAGGCUGCUGAACGCCAGCGCCGCGAGGAGGAAGAAAGGAGGAAAAAAGAGGAAGAACGAAGGGAACGCGAGCUUGAGCGUGAACGUGAGCGCGAACGCGAGUUGAAUCAACAACGGCAAACACAGAAAACCGCUUGGGUCAGAAAGCCAGUUGCCUCGCGAGCAGCAGAACCCGACGCUGAACCAGCUCCUUGGCGUGCUGCAACCAGAGUUUCACAGCCCGCCGCCGCAAACCCCUCUGCGGAGCCGUUUCGUCCGCGUUUCAGCCACCUCCCGACCUCCAAGCGUGGUGAAUUCGGUGGUGUUACUAACCCCCCGCUCGCCCCUGACACCUCAAAAAAUGCUUGGGCGCGUAAAAAAGUCGUUCCCUCCACAGAACGCGAGGGAGUGGGUGAGGCCCUAGUGGUUGAUGCUGCCAUCGCCGGACGCUUUGUGCUGGCGUACAAGAAGCCACCCUUUGCGGCCGUCCCUUGA